AUGGGAACGGAGAGUCUGGAUGAGAAGCUGGAGGUGUGGAUGGAGCGCUAUGAGAGAGACAUGGAGGACAAGCAGCAGGAACUCAACAGCCUGAGGAACAAAAAAGCUAACAAUCUCUCCCAGCUCCAGGAGCUGGCCAAGAAGUACAGAGACAUUGAGCAGGUGGUCAUCGAGGACAGGAUGGAGAAAGAGGCCCUACGCAGGAAGCUGGAGAAGGAACAUAUGGAGCGAGACGCAGCCACCAAGAUCCAGUCGUGGUGGAGGGGAACAUUAGUGCGACGCGGCCUGGGCCCCUAUAAGAAAGGCAAGAAGCCCAAGUCCAAGGAGGGAAAGAAGGGAAAGAAGAAAAAGUGAGGUGUCCCUUCUUCAAGAGCUCCAGUGAA